CCAGGCUACUUCGAAUAAUGAAACGGCCCUGGCGAACGCAUGGCACAGUGAAUAUGUGAAAGUUGCAACGCGCAUUCUCCUCUACGAAUGCAUCUUUUCCAGCGCGGUUUAUGUCACGUCGUGUAUAGGAUAGCGGCGCACCACGUGUCCAGUAAAGUUCCUCUCGCGAAACAACCUGUCAGAAAUAUCACUGUUACCGCUAGUCUACGUGACUUUAGCCGGUGGGGCACCAGGAAGGCGAAUAGGAAACUGAAGAUUGCUCUCGUGCUCAACAUGACGGAUCCUAAGGUCGAGGAAGUUCUGGCACCGCUCCGGGCGAAUGUUAAGGAACAAGGUGAUUAUGUACGGAAGCUGAAGUCUGACGGUGCACCAGAGUUGGACAUUAAAAAAGCUGUAGCAGAAUUAAAGCUACGCAAGAAAAUACUAGAAGAUAAGGAACUCUCUCUGGCUUCCAACAAUGUGACGUUUGACAGAGCGAGAAUGGAAGAUCUCUUAAAGCGUAGAUUCUUCUUGGAUCAAUCGUUCGCGAUUUAUGGCGGUGUUGCAGGUCAAUAUGAUUUCGGACCUAUGGGCUGCUCGUUGAAGACUAACUUGAUAAAUUUUUGGAGGAAUUUCUUUGUGCUAGAGGAACAGAUGCUGGAGGUCGACUGUUCCAUUUUGACGCCCGAGCCAGUGCUGAAGGCGUCCGGCCACGUGGAACGCUUUGCCGACCUGAUGGUGAAGGACGUAAAGACCGGCGAUUGUUUUCGGCUGGAUCACCUGAUCAAAGCGCACUUGGAGAAAGUGAUUUGCGACAAGAAGACUGACGAGGAGACUCGCGAGGAGUGCAGAGACAUUGUCGUCAAGUUAGACGGCAUGACAAAAGACGAGAUGGCUGCGAUCUUGUUGAAGUACGGCAUGAAGUCGCCGGUAUCUGGUAACGACUUGACGGAACCGAUAGAAUUCAAUUUGAUGUUCGGUACACAGAUUGGUCCAACCGGUCUCAUCAAAGGCUUCUUGAGGCCGGAGACAGCUCAAGGUAUCUUUGUAAACUUCAAACGACUGUUAGAUUUCAACCAGGAGCGACUACCUUUCGCAGUGGCGCAGAUUGGCAACGCCUUCAGGAACGAGAUCUCGCCGCGAUCCGGUCUCAUACGCGUCCGUGAGUUUACCAUGGCAGAGAUCGAACACUUCUGUGAUCCCAACUACAAGAAUCACCCUAAGUUUGAGGCAGUCAAGGACAUCGGCAUGCUGCUAUACUCCGCCUGCAAUCAGAUGGAUGGCAAGAGCGCGCAGCACAUCACUAUAGGCGAGGCCGUGGCGUCCGGUCUCGUGGCGAACGAGACGCUUGGCUACUUCAUGGUGCGAAUUCAUCAGUUCUUACUGAAGGUCGGCGUGGACCCGCAUCGUCUACGCUUCCGCCAGCACAUGAGCAACGAGAUGGCACAUUAUGCCUGCGACUGUUGGGACGCAGAGUGUCUCACUUCCUACGGUUGGGUCGAGUGCGUAGGCUGCGCGGAUCGUUCCGCAUACGAUUUGACGCAACAUACUCGUGCCACCGGCGUGAAGCUGGUAGCGGAGAAGAAGUUACCCGCUCCGAAGACUGUGAACGUUUGCGAGGUCGCUUCGAACAAAAUGGUGAUCGGCAAAACGUUCAGGAAGGACAGCAAAGCCGUGCAAAACGCGUUAGCGGCCUUGAGCGAGGAUCAGAUCGUGUCCUUGGAGAAGGCCCUCAACGAGAACGGCGAGUACGAGCUUGCGUUGUCCGACAACACCGUAAGGAUCACUAAGGAUAUGAUAGAAGUAAAGCGUUAUCAAAAGACCGUUCACGUAGAGGAAAUCGUGCCGUCAGUGGUUGAACCUUCUUUCGGCAUCGGUCGGAUCAUGUACGCUCUGUUUGAGCAUAACUUCCGGGCGAGAGAGGGCGACGAAAAGAGAACGUACUUCGCCUUGCCACCUGUGAUAGCACCGUUGAAGUGCUCGGUAUUACCUCUCAGUGGCAAUGACGAAUUCGUGCCGUUCGUCAAGAAAUUAUCACAAGAUCUUACGAGAGUGGACGUAUCACACAAAGUGGAUGAUUCUUCAGGUAGCAUAGGACGCAGGUACGCUCGUACUGAUGAAAUAGCAAUACCAUUCGGCAUCACCAUCGACUUCGACACUCUGAAGACACCGCACAGCGCGACGCUGCGGGACAGAGAUAGCAUGGGACAAGUUAGAAUAAACUUGGACGAGCUGCCUGGUGUCGUGAAAGAUCUUUCCUAUGGCAGGAUUACUUGGACGGAAGUAGAAGCCAAGUAUCCUAAAUUCGAACAACAAGAGUCUACAGAAUCUUAAAGAAUAUAGAUAGGCUAAAGAAUAAUUUAUUUGUAUCAGAUAGAAACUUGUAAUAAUACAAGGUUUAUAUUGCAAGUAUAAUUCGCACGAUAUGUGCGAUAUCGUAUGCAUUUGUAUAUUUAUCAUAGAUGUUUUCUAUAUUCAGCAUUGAGGUGCCUAUCAGAAACAUAUAUUCUAUAUGAAUAUACAUUAACGUUUGCAAUGAAGAAAGAUUCAAUAUUGUAAACUAUCAGUCGGAAAAUGUAAUUCUUUAAGAAUUUAUAUAAAUAUAUUUACAGUUACCUAAAGCACGACAUAAACUUCGAGGAUUUGCGACAUAUAACAUUGUUAAUAACAGACAAUUUAUCGUUAAUACUUUAAUUUAUUAUUGCUAUAAUACAAUUACUUGCAUUUUUCUAAAGCAUUUGUUUAGAGAUUUUUAUGAACACUGUGUAAACAAUAAAAUUUCGUUCCUUCGUGAU